AUGAUUUUAAUUAUUAGUAUUUCAUUAUUAAUUCUUCUUGUUCUAUGGAUUCUAUCUCAAACUAAUUUAUGUGAUUGGUUAUGUUCAAUAAUUGUGAGUAGUGCAAAACGAUAUCGUUGUCAACAUCGGCCUAAACGUAUUAUUUUAAUUCGACAUGGUGAAAGUCAAGGUAAUCAAGAUUCAAGAAUUUAUUCAACAAUACCUGAUCAUGCUAUUGGUCUAACUGAAAAAGGACAAGAACAAGCACGUCAUUGUGGAAAUCAACUAAAAAAACUUAUUGGAAUAAAUGAGACACUAAUUUGUUAUUUUAGUCCAUUUCGACGUUCAAAAGAAACAUGUGAAUUAAUAUGUGAAGCAUUUUCAGAAGAGAAAAUUUUAAAAAUACGAGAAGAUCCACGUAUCAGAGAACAAGAAUGGGGAAAUUUUCAAGAUCUAGCAAAACGUGAAAUAACAGUGGCUGAAAGACAAAAAAUUGGACGAUUCUUUUAUCGAUUUGGAAAUGGUGAAUCCGGUGCUGAUGUAUAUGAUCGUGUUAGUUUAUUUAUGGAUAGUUUAUUUCGUGAAAUGGAUAGUAAUUUAAUGCCAAAUACUAAUAUAUUAAUUGUUAGUCAUGGUUUAUUUAUGAGAUUAUUUUUAAUGCGUUUUUAUCGUUGGUCAGUAGAAAGAUUUCAUACAUUAGAAAAUUUUAAUAAUUGUGGUUAUUGUAUUUUGGAAAGAGAUGAUCAAGAUGGAAGUUUUAUACUUAAAACAGAGUUGAAAAUUUCAUCUGAACAAGAACUACUUAAAAGAAAAGAUUCAAAAGAAAAAUUAAAUGAGCAAAAUUUAAAUGAAGAAAUUAAUUCAAUUCUACAUACGAUAAAAACCGAAAAUGAUAAAAAAAAAGCAUGA